AUGGCAGCCAGGAUGUCUGUGGAAAACCUCCAGGAUGAAGUCUCCUGCUCCAUCUGCCUGGAACUUUUCCAAGACCCCGUGUCCAUCCACUGUGGGCACAGCUUUUGCCGGGCGUGCAUCACUCAGAACUGGAAAGGACUGACCACCAACUUCUCCUGCCCCCGGUGCAGGGAGACGGUGCCCCAGGAGAGCCUCCGACCCAACUGGGAGUUGGCCAACAUUAUUGAAAUAGCUAAGAACUUGAACCUGCAAUCGGUCAGAGAGGUGGAAAGAGGGGAGAACUUGUGCAAGGAGCACCAGGAAGCCCUGAAGCUCUUCUGCGAAGACGAGGAAAGGCUUAUCUGCAUGGUGUGCGACAGGUCCAAGGUGCACCGUAACCAUUCUGUGGUUCCUGUGGACGAGGCUGCCCAGGAGUACAAGGAACGAAUUCAGACCCAACUGCAGUUUCUGAAAUUAGAGCAAAAGGCACUUCAAUCUUCCAUGGGGUAUAGAGAAGACAGCGUCCAGGACUACACCGUAGCUGAAAAGCAGAAGAUUGUGACCGAAUAUAAGCAGCUGCACAAGUUACUGGAGGAGCAGGAGUCGUUUCUGCUGGCCGAGCUGGAGCAGCUGGACGCAGAGAUAAUGAAAGCGCAUGAAGAAAUCCUCAACAGGCUUUUGGAGGAGACCACGAGCCUGGGCAUGCUGAUUGGGGAGAUGGAGAGGAUAUGCCAGCAGCCAGACUAUGAACUCCUGAAGGACAUCAAAACUACCUUGAGCAGGUGUGAGAGGGAAAUGUUCUCGCAGCCGCUCGAUAUUUCCCCUGAGCUGGAAAAGAAAUUCUGUGAUUUCACAGAGAAAACCGCAGUCGUCAAGGAGGCUAUGGAGAAAUUUCAAGGCAUACUGGAGUUCAAACUUCCUUUAAGAACACAGAUGACGUUGGACCUGAAGACGGCCAAUGCUGAACUCUACCUUGUGGAAGACUGCAGGGUCAUGUGGUGGGGAAGCUAUGAGCAGGUCCUGCCCUCCAGCCCGGAGAGGUUCAAAGCCCAUCCCUGCGUGCUGGGCUCGAGGGGCUUCACGUCGGGUUGGCACUGCUGGGAAGUGGAGAUCUAUGGAGAAGGCAUGUGGGCCAUUGGGGUGGCCAAGGAGUCGGUGCCAAGGGAGAGUUGGUUUCCCCUGAAGCCCGAAGCGGGGAUAUGGGCGCUGUGUCACAGCAGAGAUGGGUACCAGGCUCUGACCUCUCCUGAUGUCACCCCCUUGGCCCUACACAAUGUCCCCCAGAGGAUACGAAUCUGCUUGAACUGUCAGGAAGGGAGAGUGGUGUUUUUUGAUGCUGCUGGAUAA